UCUGCUGGAGAGGGUCGAAUGGUGAUGACGUGAUUGCAGGGAGGGGUUGCGCCAUUUUGAAUGUGGACAGGACUGUGGGAGGAUAGCCUCGGGAGGGAGAGUGAAUGAGUUUGAGAGGCAGCCAGAGAGGAAAGAGAGAGUGAGAUAGGCAAGAAAACCCCAGCGCUUCAGCUCCACGAUCCCGGCUCAUCUUUCAGAAGGAACAGGUCUAGGAAACCCGCACCCGGCAAAACGAACCAAGACCGGGGUCCGACACCGAGACUGAGAUUCCCUGUCUCGCCAUGGCAGGUGCUUGUGCUUGACAUUAGUCAUCAAACUCAGUUUAUGGCCCUGAAUUUGCGGAGAUGUGGAGAAGGAGACAUCGCUACCAAGUUGAUGGAGCCGGAGGCGGGGGCAAUGACGUGCAGUGGUGCUUCUCCCAGGUGAAAGGAGCCAUCGAUGACGACGUAGCUGAAGCCGACAUCAUCUCCACUGUGGAGUUCAACCACUCAGGGGAGCUUCUUGCCACAGGAGACAAAGGAGGCCGAGUGGUCAUCUUCCAGCAGGACAUAGAGAAUAAGAGUCAGCCCCAGAGCCGUAGCGAGUAUAAUGUUUACAGCACCUUCCAGAGCCAUGAGCCUGAGUUUGACUACCUGAAGAGCCUGGAGAUCGAGGAGAAGAUCAACAAGAUCCGCUGGCUCCCUCAGAAGAACGCCGCCCAGUUCCUGCUGUCCACUAAUGAUAAAACCAUUAAGUUGUGGAAGAUCAGUGAACGGGACAAGAGACCUGAAGGAUACAACCUGAAGGAGGAGGAUGGACGAUACAGAGACACCAGUACAAUCACAACACUACGGGUGCCGGUGUUCCGGCCCAUGGACCUGAUGGUGGAGGCGAGCCCGCGCAGGAUCUUUGCCAACGCACACACCUACCACAUCAACUCCAUCUCCGUCAACAGCGACAACGAGACCUACCUGUCCGCCGACGACCUGCGCAUCAACCUCUGGCACUUAGAGAUCACUGACCGCAGCUUCAACGUGGUGGACAUCAAGCCGGCCAACAUGGAGGAGCUGACGGAGGUGAUCACGGCGGCCGAGUUCCACCCCCACCAGUGCAACACCUUCGUCUACAGCAGCAGCAAGGGCACCAUCCGCCUGUGUGACAUGCGCGCCUCCGCACUCUGCGACAAGCACUCUAAAUUGUUUGAGGAGCCUGAGGAUCCGAGCAACAGAUCAUUCUUCUCCGAGAUCAUCUCCUCCAUCUCGGACGUGAAGUUCAGCCAUAGCGGCCGCUACAUGAUGACCCGGGACUACCUGUCCGUCAAGAUCUGGGACCUCAACAUGGAGAACAGGCCAGUGGAGACCUAUCAGGUGCAUGAGUACCUGAGGAGUAAGCUGUGCUCACUGUAUGAGAACGACUGCAUCUUUGAUAAGUUUGAGUGCUGCUGGAAUGGGAACGACAGCGUGGUGAUGACGGGCUCCUACAACAACUUCUUCCGCAUGCUGGAGCGCACGCAGCGGCACGACGUGACCCUGGAGGCCUCGCGCGAGUGCAGCAAGCCGCGCCAGGUGCUCAAGCCGCGCCGCGUCUGCGCCGGAGGCAAGCGCAAGAAGGACGAGAUCAGCGUGGACAGCCUGGACUUCAACAAGAAGAUCCUGCACACCGCCUGGCACCCGCAGGAGAACGUCAUCGCCGUGGCCACCACCAACAACCUCUACAUCUUCCAGGAGAAAGUGAACUAAGCGCGCGCGCGCGUGUGUGUGCGCGGCCGUCGUCAAAACAAAAGAGUCCUUCGUCCACACUCGUCGAAAAAAAAAAAAAGUCAUUUUGAUCACCCGUUGUUGUUGUUUGUCGUCGUCGUCGUUGAAGGGGAACAUCUCGGUCAACACCGUCGAAACUUUCUUAACAACGAAAGACUGGGAAAAUAUUUGAGGAAAAAAAAAAAAUUGAUUGCAUAAAGGAUAAAAACAAACUGCUGUUGACCAUUGCCAGGCAUCGCAUAACCAUCGUGACGUAACCCCCCUCGGACGGGACAAACUGGCGACGUUUGAUGACGCGUUUGGUUGGCGCCAGAGUGUGCCCGGUUCAUACCCAUGUUGGUUGGGCCCGUUUGAGGGCUCAGUGGCGCGUGACACUCACCUCAUUCUGAUGGUGAUGAUGUGCCAACCUCAGUCUGUACCCCACCCCCAUCCACAUACCCCCCUCACCUGCCCCCAUCCACAUACCCCAUCCUUAAUCUACCCACCUGUACUCUCAUACACCCAACUACCCCCUCCUGCCACCCCCUGCCUCCCCUUACCCACUGACACCCCAUCAGCACUUUUACCCACUCCAAUACCCCCUCAUCCGCUCAACUGCCCCUUCUCACUCUUCAACUACCCCCUCUUAUCUGCACUUCCGCCCCUUCUCAUCCCUGGGUUUAUUCCGAUGGCCCCACCAGGCCGUCUGGUCCUCAGCUCUGGUCGGGUCUGCUUGGGUGUCUGUGUUUUAGCUCAGCACUUGUGCGCUGUGAGUUGACCACAGAUGACCCCUCUCAGAAAACACCACGAGCUCCUGCGCUCCCGUAUACGCCUUGCCCUCUUACUGUUUGUGCCAUUCGCCAUUUUCCUCUGUUGAGUUUCGUCAAACUGCCAAUUUCUUUAAAGUUCCGCAUUAUGUUGCAGACUUUGCCCCCCAUGCUCCGUGUUUAUUUUUCUGCUCCCUUCAUACUUCGGUCAUCUUAAUCGUCCAAAGCCCGCUGAAACGUUCCCUGUAUGGAGAUGCACACAUUCACACAGAUUCACAUACACAUACAAAGAUGUUGGGAAGAGAGAGAGCGAGAGAGCGAGAGAGCGAGAGAGCGAGAGAGAGAGAUCUGCAGCCAUGGCUCCCAAACAAACUGGUGUGGAACCAGCUUUGACUUUUUUACAUGCUACUCCCAAGAAUGGAAGUACAUGUCAUACCCACAGAGGUGUGUGUGUGUGUCUGUGUGUCUGAGUGUAUGUGUGCGUGUUUGUUUGCGUGGUCAGGGGGCAAAAUGGCGACCGUCCCCAACUCGGAGUGAACUGGACUCGGUGCUGGACUUCCCGGCUGUGGACUUGCUCACUCGAACACUGAAGUGGGGCAGCCUGCUGAACCCCUCCCCUCCCCCUUUUUUUCUCUCUCUGAUGGUCUGAUCCAGGAAGUCCUCGCCACCAUAUGUGACUUACUGUAACCCCCUCCCCCUUCUCUGAUGGUCUUAUCCAGGAAGUCCUUGCCGCCGUACGUGACUUACUGUACCCCAGCCUCCUUCUCCCCAUUCUGUAUGGUUUUUUUUUUUCCUUUUCUCUAGUUGCAGAGAAAAUGCAAGUCAGGAAAGAAGCACAUAGAUAGAGAUUAUGAUAAGGAAAAACAAACAAAAAAACGGUAUUUAUAAAUGGAACAAACA